AGGAUGAUGGCAGUCAAACGAAGAAGUACAUUAUUAAAAGCACAACAAGCAAAACACUGAAAGGGUUUACUUUCUACCUAACCUAUCUAUAUUUGAGGGCAAACCCAUGGACGGGCUAACUGCUAGGUUGACCGGGAAAGAUAAGUUACUAGUCCUGGCACUCAUGUCGGGAACCUCUGGCGCUCGAAGGGCUUUGUGCGUUUUUGAAAAGCAGCAACGUUACGACCUCAAACUUUCGCUAAGUACCUUCCUUGAAAUGCUCUGUCAAAAGGCUAUUUCCCCAGAAAACCUUUCCGAACCUAUUCUGCCUAGACCAUUGGUGUGCCUGUUUCCUGUAGCUUUUAAGCGGAAUUUGUUAUCUUUUCUUCGCCUGGUCAACCAAGUCCUUCCUCAGACCAGGGUGGUUCAGCUCCUGGAGUGCCUGAGCAAAGACCCACGUCAGGAUCACUGGGUCACUGCUCUGAUUGGACAGCUCCAGCGAGACAUGGGGUCGCUUCGGGACGUGCCCCUCUAUACUGCGAGUUGUAGCCAGCGUCUAAAGAUGAUUUCUGAACGUUUAAAAGAUACGGGUAGGAAUGAAGGAUGGGCCAAGUACUUCACAGAAGCAAAACUAACUUCUCAAAGUGGAGGGGACGUUUUAGAAAAGCAGAAGAAAAGGAAGAGCAGCUCUAUGACCCCUGAUACAGAAGUUGAAUCUACACAGCAGCAUAAACGGAUGAAGAUGGAUAUGUCUUCUGUGGAUGAGCGCUUGGGUGCUUAUCCUCAUGGUUCUUUUACAUCAGAGGAACCUGUUUUAAUGGAGAGAGGAGAAUGUGACCUUCCAAAAGUUGAGUCUGGUGGACCAUCAACUAGCAAUCUGUGGGAUAACCUUCCUGAAAAUAUAAAGGCAUCCGUCCCUCAGAUAAAAGAACUAUUGGGGUGUCAAUCAGAGUGGGACCAGGGCUCCACAGAUGUGUUCAAGGUGCUGAAUGAAUGUGACUCUGCCCAGGUGGAGUUUCUGUGUGGUAUGCUGAACUUGGCUGACACGCCAGAGGAGACACUACCUAAACUCUGUAGCUGCCUGUUGGCCCUCUCCCCAGAGCUCAGCUACAGUGCAGCCUCCGCUGUUAUUAAGAGCCUCCUCCUGGGAAAGAUUCUAUGCCUCUUGGAACCUGCCUCAAGAAGCCUGGUGGCAGCAGUGACAUCACUUAGUAGUCAGUAUCCCAGAGCAGCUUGCCACGCCCUAAUCAGACCCAUCCUACAGGAGGAAAACCUAGGAACUCAGCAGGCCGAACUGAUAAAUAGAUUAAUAGGAGACUGCCUGGAACCCCACUACAAUCUUCUGGUGUUUCAGAUGACAUUUACCAUUGUAUGGAGUGAAUCGAUGCUGUCAAUCAUUCAUAGCCUACUAGACUCCAAGCUUGACAUAGAUGAAAAACAUUUCUCGAGCUUUAUUGCACAGCUAGUCAGCCAGGCUCCACAAUUCAUAAAAUCCAUGAAGUACGCAAAAAUGAUGCUAACUGUACUCACAAAAUACAGUAUUCAUGUCACAGCUUCACACAAACCAUCCCUGUCACAUUGUUUAAUGUUGAACCAGACGUUCCUGAAGAAGUCUCUUCAAUCUGCUUUUAAAAGAAUUACACACGAAUGACUUUUUGUACAUUUUGUAAUAAGAAAUAAAACAAUGCUGCGUUUA